AUGAGUGAUUCGGCGCACCAUUUACGUAGCAUGGAUCAUGCAGUUGAACAUGGGACUGGCCAUACAGCGCAUCUAGAUGCCCUAGAAGAAUCUGUAAAUCGCCAAAUUGAUGCAGACAUCCGCGUCCUGCUAGAUAAUUUCAGGGAGAUGAUUCAUCUCAGUCGAAUUGGCGAGAAAGAUCAUUUCGACGUGAGUCGGGAUUCAUUCAUUUUGGAAACUCGAGCUGACAGUAUGGUCCGUGCUGCUCAAUCCCUGUAUUUGCUCUCUGAUUCAUUGAAACUAUCACUCCUUCUUUCCCAAUCUCAGAUGUCAGAAGCUCGUGAUCAGGAGGCUAAAUAUCUCUUAGAUCAAACGAAGGCACAUAUGCAUUCAUGCAGUGAAUUACUUUCGCAACACUGGCUCUCCGGAGCUAUAUCCCAAUCGGGCCCAGAUCCUGUUCAAUCGCGGCAAGCUGUUACUUUGGAUACAUCCUAG